CACAUAUAUUGUGAUACACAUAGACACACUGACGCAAGCGCAAGUAUUUCUGGGUGUGUUUCAUACUUUUAUAUACAUUAUAUGUAUAUACAUCAUAUAUAUAUAAAUAUAUAGCAAAUCUCUUGUUGGUCGAAGGUUGUGUUAUGCAGCAAUGUCUCUGAACACAGCACAUUGUAAUUAUGGUGUGUUGAUCUACACUGGAGAAAGGAUCUUAAUCUACUGUGAUGGUGUACAGGUAACACUUGAAGGGGGUAACCUACCAAAAGGCAGUAAAAAGGGUAGAAUCUACCUUACCACUCACAGGGUUAUUUUCCUCAACAAUUCCCAGAAAGAUCAUCUUCUUUCAUUCAGUAUGCCAUUUUUUACCUUGAGGCAGGUUGAACUGGAACAACCUGUAUUUUCAGCCAAUUACAUAAAAGGAACUGUUUUUGCCGAACAAGGAGGUAAAUGGUCUGGAAAUGCCGCAUUCAAACUUUGCUUCAACAAAGGUGGUGCUAUCGAAUUUGGACAAGCUAUGCUACAGGCUGGAAAACUUGCAUCUCGGUAUCAAAUACCACAGCCUCCACCUUACACUCCUCCCCAGGGACCAUUUUAUCAGCCUGCUCCGCCUGCCUACACAGCUUAUAACUAUGGCUGGGUGCCAUAUCAAACAUUCCCAAAUGCACCACCAGCACAUGAGGUGUUUAUGGCAGAAGCACCCCCUCCCUACCCAGGGGUUGAUUCGAAUUUGAACCCGUAUCCGACUGGUUCAGCCCAAGAUGCCAAAGCUCGAGAAGCAGCAGCGUCAAGUGCCUACUACAACCCUGCUAACCCUCACAAUGUGUACAUGCCAAGUCCUAGUGAACCACCACCACCUUACUCCGAGAUUGGCAAGAAGACCAACUGAUGUGUUACAGAAGAACUGGACUCAGGAUGGGGGGGGGGGUUGAGAAGGAAAAGAAAACAUGAAACAAUACCUAACAAAAAAAGACAAACCUUGAUAUUUUAAGCACAAUUAUAAUGUUGAACCUGAAAUAUAUAAAUAUAUAUAUUUAUAUUUACAACUGUUAUUCACAGUAUUAAUUUCA